GAGGCGGCUGAGGCGGCGGGUCCCGCAGGCAGGCGGGCGGGCGGCUGAGGCGGCGGGUCCCGCAGGCGGGCGGCUGAGGCGGCGGCCGGUCCCGCAGGCAGGCAGGCGGCUGAGGCGGCGGCCGGUCCCGCAGGCAGGCGGCUGAGGCGGCUCCCGCAGACAGGCGGGCAGGCGGCUGAGGCGGCGGCCGGUCCCGCAGACAGGCAGGCAGGCGGCUGAGGCGGCCGCGGGAUGCGGCGCUGAGGGCGCACCGGCGGUCGCUCCGCGCGGGUUCCUGCGCGCCGCCGUUCCCCUUCCCGCAGCCCAUGAUGUGCCUGGAAAGCGACGGCUCCUCCGGCAGCAGCCCGGGCUGCGGCGGGCGGCUCCGAGCCGGCGACGAGGAGGAGGAGGAGGACGGCGAGCGGGGCUGCUGCGGGCGGGGUGCCGAGGGCGAGGUGCAGACCCUGUCGGGCAGGAUGAACCCGCCGGCGGCCGGCAAGCACCCCGAGCGCCCGGCCGCCCGCCACAAGGCGCCGAACCUCGGCCGGGCCCGGGUGGCGGCUGCCGGCAUCCUCAGCGUGGGCAACGUGCUCAACUACCUGGACCGGUACACGGUGGCAGGUGUGUUACUAGACAUCCAGCAGCACUUUGGAGUCAAAGACAGUGGGGCUGGCUUAUUACAGACAGUUUUCAUCUGUAGUUUCAUGGUUGCAGCGCCUAUCUUUGGUUACCUUGGUGACCGUUUCAACAGAAAGAUCAUUCUCAGCUGUGGGAUCUUCUUUUGGUCAGCUGUCACUUUUUCAAGUUCCUUCAUCACUGAGCAGUAUUUUUGGCUUCUUGUGCUCUCACGAGGUUUGGUUGGCAUUGGAGAAGCAAGCUACUCCACUAUUGCACCAACCAUCAUAGGAGACCUUUUCACCAAAAACACAAGGACCCUGAUGCUGUCUGUUUUCUACUUUGCAAUCCCUCUUGGCAGUGGCUUGGGAUACAUCACCGGGUCAAGUGUGAAGCAGGUUGCUGGAGACUGGCACUGGGCGUUGCGGGUAUCUCCGCUCCUGGGAAUGAUAACAGGGACACUCAUCUUGAUAUUUGUACCUGCUGCUAAAAGAGGACAUGUUGAACAACUUGGGGGACAGCUGAAGGCUCGGACCUCAUGGCCAAGAGACAUGAAAGCGCUGAUUAGAAACCGCAGCUAUGUGUUCUCGUCGUUGGCCACCUCAGCUGUCUCCUUUGCCACAGGGGCGCUUGGCAUGUGGAUCCCUCUCUACCUUCACAGAGCACAGGUCGUGCAGAAGACAGCGGAGACCUGCAGCUCGCAGCCCUGCAGCACCAAAGAUAGCUUGAUCUUCGGAGCAAUCACGUGCUUUACUGGUUUCCUGGGUGUAAUCACAGGGGCAGGGGCAACCAAAUGGUGCCGGUUAAAAACCCAGCGAGCUGAUCCUCUUGUCUGUGCUGUUGGCAUGCUAGGAUCAGCCAUCUUCAUCUGUCUGAUCUUCGUUGCUGCCAAGAGCAGCAUUGUGGGAGCCUAUAUUUGCAUUUUUAUCGGAGAAACUCUUCUGUUUUCAAACUGGGCUAUCACAGCAGACAUACUAAUGUACGUGGUCAUUCCAACACGCCGUGCAACCGCAGUGGCCUUGCAGAGUUUCACUUCACACCUCCUGGGAGAUGCUGGCAGUCCUUAUCUGAUCGGAUUUAUCUCGGACCUGAUACGACAAAGCACAAAGGAGUCCCCAGUCUGGGAGUUCCUCAGCUUGGGGUACGCACUCAUGCUCUGCCCGUUUGUCGUUGUCCUAGGAGGGAUGUUUUUCCUGGCCACAGCCCUCUUCUUCCUAAGUGACCGAGCCAAAGCUGAACAACAGGUCAGUCAACUCGUGAUGCCACCAGCCUCUGUGAAAGUCUGAGAUGCUGCCAGUGAAGGAAACAAGUGGACUCCUGCUCCCACCACCAUCACAACAAUCUCAAGCUCAAAGCCCUUCCGUACUGGAAACCGGUGGAUCCUUCAGCUCCACAGCACCCUGGCAGGGUUAUCCAGCACCAAAUCAAUCGCACCGCACCAGCCUGCGGGGCCAGGCACUCGGAGGUGAGCAGGGCAGCCUGGAACACAAGAACUUUUUAAGCAUAAGGACGUUCACAGGUUCCUCUGACCAUUGGAAGCAACUGUCCACUGGACCCAAAAUGUGCUACCCAAGUGAGUGACUGUAGAUUCUGUAUAUGGUUUUAGUUGUAGCCAACAAAGUCCGCAUUGUUUAUAGGGCAACUUACGUCCUAUUGAAUGCUGCUGUUCUGUCAGCACUCCCAGAGACUGCACUAGUUGGGGACUUAUCCUGUACAUCACCUUUUCUUUAACACUGAAGGCUUAAUUCAGAUUAUUAUUUUUUAUUUAAAUAUGUCAUAAGAUGCUUUAUCUCUGCCGAAGACAUUAGAUGACAGAUAUAUAUAUAUAUAUAUAUUUAGAUAAACAGUUUUUAUUUAAACAUUUAAAAUGUGGAGCUGCCUGUGCAACCAUACCAGACACGAGCAAUGUCUACAGCUCUCCUCAUCUCGGUGCCCUGGGAUCAGGCCCUGCAAGGGCACCAUAGGAAGACUGCCAGAGGGUGACUUACCCGUCACCUGAGGCUGAGCAACGGGACAGAGGAGAGAGUUUCGCUGCACUGGGUAUGCUGGUGGUUGUUACAGAAAGGCCCAGAAGAACUUUGGGCAGAAAUACCUAGGGGCUCUAGAGUCUGCUUGAUAGGCUAAAUUCAGCCUUGCCUAGGAGGUUCACAGGUUUUUAAAAUACCAAAAUCCAGCUGGCUGAGUUGCUUUACCUAGGGCCUGGUAGUGCAAUACUGCUGUGCCAGUGACAUCGUGCUUUGUUUACAUGCAUAUCGCAUCACGUGUAUCGUCAAUGCUAAUUCUCCCUGUCAGUAUUCUCAAAGCAGGUGGCUGAUACUCUACCGUAGCGGUUUCCUUUGGAGCGAUGUUUAGGCUAAUGCAUGCCCAACCCCAUGCACAGUCCCGGGGCUGCUCUUACCAGGGUGUCACGUUUACCUUUAUGAAGAUGCAUCUGAGAUCUUUAAUAUACAAGGCCAGCGUCUGACCUGUGUUGGUCUCAAAUGCAGAAGCACGUGUCUGCAAAGCAGUCAGGGCGCUGUUUCGCUGAGUCUUGCUUCCUGCGCUUUGCCUCUACACGCCGGAUUUACGCUAGGUCAGGUUGAUGGUGCAACAGCGUGGGGAAGGCAGGUCCUGGAGGAGGAGUCAGGCUUCCAGAGAAAGAGCGUUGGUUCCGUGAACUCCUCACUCCCUUUUUUUCUGUUUAGGCGUCUCCCGCAAGUUUAGAUCCCCCCCUCCAGCUUAGCACACAUCUCAAGUGGGUGAAUGCCCCUCACCCUUGUGCUCAUGUUUAACAUGUGGCUGCAGUUGGGCUGCAAAUAGGACUAAAUAAGCAAAGGAAAAGCCAGACGGGGACUGGAUGUGAGUUAAGUCUGGAAACUGGCUGUCCCGACCGCGGUGUAAGUUUGCUCAGACACGGGAAGGUACCGUUAGCAAAUCUGGGGUUUCUCUGCCGUUCACUUCCAGGAUGUGCUAGGACCUAGAGAACAGCAUUGUAGUAGAGAUGCUCAGUAACUCCAGGUACCAGCAAACCGGUUACUACUCACUGCACAGCCAGUCUCUGCCCAGGUAGAGGGGUUCUGAGGGUGACUCCUGUAACAACGUGAGCCUUUCCUCCUCGUCAGACUCCACAGGACUCUUCUGCAAAGGUUGCCCUGUCACCCAGAAUCCCUUAACAAUAGCUUUAAGAUUUGGCUAAACAACCAGAGCCAGAAAUUUUCCUCGAGUGCCUGGGCAUCCUCUGGAGAACAGCAAGUGGGUGCUAGAAAUAAUAAAGCAAAGCAAAUCCAAAACAAUGCUUCAUUUCCCACCUCGUGCCACUAUUUACAUUUGUAGGGGAAAUACCGCCUCUGUAGUCUAGGAGCCAAACACUUGGCUUUAAAGGCACAUGAAUUUCUGAUUCCCAUUAAGAAAUUCCUUGUUAUGUUAAGCUGUUUAAAAAGAAACAAAAAGCAACCUAACAAUCAGUCAUUUCAUCUUGGAGACCAAAGAAGAUUAGCCACGCUUCCUAAAUUCCUUUUCCGAUAGGCUCUCUCAGUUGUAGCAUUUACCGUUAACAACAUGAAGCAUUCCUGCUGAAGUCCGGAGAUUAGGAAUUGUCCUUAAACUUAAUUCUCAGGAGUCAAAAAUGAAAAGGGAACUGCAGUGUUUUGUGAUUUCACUAGCUCUCCUCGUUCGUGACAAGCCCCAACCCCGGUUAGAGAAGCACAGCGCUGCUGCAGGAGGCCAGCUUUACCUCCUGUGCGUGUGAAGGAGGUUGCGGUGGCUUUUUUCAACAAGGAAAGAGGGAAGGGAGCAAGCAAGGGAGUUAGAAGCGAGUCCUACCUGCAGCAGUUCCACGCCAAGGGAUCCCUGAGUCCCUGCUCCCACAUGUUCCCGCCUAAGAGAAGGAAGCCAAAGCAGCAGCUAUGACAGCUCAGAGAUGAACAGAAUGGAAACUCAGCCUUUCCACCUCCUGCGGACGCUGCUGCUCCUUUACACGUUGAUGACCCAUAGUCAAACGGCCAGAAGCCAAAGGGCUGCAUUUCUUGUUGAGCGUUUCUUGGUUUAGCUGUGAGGAAUUGUUCAGUUAGUGCUCUAUAAAGGUAUUUCAUCUAUUAGAGGGAAGCCAGCUCGCUUAGAUCGAGGGUCCAUAGAUUAAGGCAAUAAGAGAUCCAUCCAGUCUGGACAUGAAAUGUACGUAUUACCAAACAAACUGGAUCUAUGUUGCCAUGUAAACCCCUUCCCCGGAAUUGAAGGCACUGUUCCCUGUCCCAGGACAUCAGGCCAUUUCUGCCGGUGAUGACGUGGGGAAAGCCACCGUCUAACCUCAGUUUCUGUAUGUGCCAAGCUGAGAUACUCGCUGUAUAAACGAGCGACGUCAUGUUUCUGUACUCUAGUAGAGGCCAGAACUUCUGUAUUGUUAAAACAAGACUUACAGUGUUGUGUUGUACUGGUGCUGAGCUCCGGGCUUAGCCAGCAAUACUGUGGGUUUCCCCUGUGAUUCCAUUUUGCGUGGGUAUGGAUGUCCCAGCCCUGGAAGCUGUUCGCUGUUGACCUUGUGGAGCAGUUUAGGAGCAGUGGAACAAUGUUUGCUACACACACGGGAAGUAUUUCUGGAAUGAGAAUGGAAAUCUAGACUGAAUGCACAUUACUUGUAUCCAAGCUGGUAAGAACCCUCGUUAAAACUAGUAUUUCUGGUUUUAUAAAGAAAGGCUUUUAAUAGGAAAAGAGAAUUAGUUUCUGAUGAGGUAGCUAUGUAUUUUAGUAUCCAUCACAUCAAAUGAAGCAAGAUUUCAGCCUGUCACUUAAAUAAGUAGUUGUUCAAGACAUCAACAUCGUGUCUGUGGUUCUAAACUUCACCACAAAAUUAAAUAGGCCCAAUAAGGACAGAAAUACCUGUAAAGCCACCGAUCUCUUGCACGCAAAAUCACUUCAUGUGAAUGUCUGAAAAUCAGAGUACACAAACAGGAGCCCCUGAAUGCAUUUGAGAACAUAUGGGACAAUACUACCAAAAAGGCGGCGAGCACUACGCACACCCCCACCCCAGCACAGGCACGUCUCCUCAGGACAGGCUGCCAAGCGAGGGGAAAGGUCUCCAGGUUAUCGGCUGGUGCUGCUGUGUCUUACCCCCGCUCCCUGGUACCUGCUGCCUCCCCCUGUUCCUUUGGGCUGCGACUGGUCCUUCCCCAGUGCUCUGCCCCGGUUCCCCACCUCUGCCCGAGGGCCGAAGGUCUCCCAUGGCCGAGGGCCUCCCAUGGUUUGCUGCAAGGCGCAGGCUCCGUCCCCUCUCCCCGCACUUUGCUGCAUUCAUCAGGGUCUGCACAGGGUGUCCGGAGCGCGCCAGGGAGGGUCCAGGACGCCCUCAGUUAAUCGUGAGGGCUCUCUUCCACUCCACUCCAUAAACAGUCUGGUUUUUUAAAGCCACCAUGAACUCCCUCCACAGAUAAACUGCAUUUCCACCCAUGCAGCCACUACAGAAGCAAUUAGGUGACUUGUACACAGCGAGGGAAACAGAGGUAAUGGGAACUGCACAGAGAGGCAAGACGGUGACCCAAAGGCAGCAAACUGCCAGCCCAAGUAACUACACCACCUCCUGCUGCCGCCGCUCACGGAGUGACCCCAAGAGCCUCUCCCCCUUCACAGAGUAGCUAAGAGUCACCUCAGGGUGACUGAACCCCGUAAAUGAAUGGCUGUACUCUGGAAAGCAGAAUUCCUCUGUGCACCCUCUGUCCUAAUUGUCUGUUUUCUUUUCCAUCUGCUUUAUUGUUUGGUAAACCAGCACUUACAAUCACUUUUACUAUGUGAUGUACGGGAGUAUUAGUAUAUUUUCUUGUUAUACAAGGGAGGAGUAUAAAAUAGUUUUCUGAUUUCUUUCAGAAGCAAAUGACUAUUUUAUUUUUUAAGAGCAAUUGAUUGUGAAUCUCAGAGUAUAAAAAAAAAAGAUAAAUAAGCCAAAUAUAUACCUUUAUGUAAAUUAAGAAAUAAAAGUA